CGGAGCAGGGUUGAAUGCCUGCCGACACCCUCAGGCCCCACCAUGGAGAAGGGUGGCAACAUUCAACUGGAGAUCCCUGACUUCAGCAACUCUGUCCUGAGCCACCUCAACCAGCUGCGCAUGCAGGGCCGGCUCUGUGACAUCGUGGUCAAUGUGCAAGGCCAAGCUUUUCGGGCUCACAAAGUAGUACUGGCCGCCAGCUCCCCCUAUUUCCGGGAUCACAUGUCCUUGAACGAGAUGAGUACUGUCUCCAUUUCAGUCAUCAAGAACCCCACGGUCUUCGAACAGCUCCUUUCUUUCUGCUACACGGGGAGGAUAUGCCUGCAGCUGGCGGAUAUCAUCAGCUACCUGACGGCGGCCAGCUUUCUGCAAAUGCAGCACAUCAUAGACAAGUGUACCCAGAUCCUGGAGGGCAUCCACUUCAAAAUUAACGUGGCUGAGGUCGAAGCGGAAUUAAGUCAAACGAGGACCAAGCAUCCAGAGAGACCCCCCGAGUCUCACAGGGUCACACCAACUCUAAACCGCUCCCUUAGCCCGCGACAGAACCCCCCAAAGGGGAGCCGGCGAGGUCAGGUGAGUGCCGUGCUGGACAUCAGGGAGCUCAGCCCGCCCGAGGAGUCCACCAGCCCGCAGAUAAUUGAGCCCAGUUCCGACGUGGAGAGCCGCGAGCCCAUCCUCCGGAUCAACCGCGCGGGACAGUGGUACGUGGAGACAGGAGUGGCAGACCGAGGGGCCCGGAGCGACGAUGACGUGAGGGUGCUGGGAGCAGUCCACAUCAAAACCGAAAAUCUAGAGGAGUGGCUGGGGCCCGAGAACCAGCCUUCCGGGGAAGACGGGAGCAGUGCGGAGGAGGUCACAGCCAUGGUGAUUGACACCACAGGCCAUGGCUCCAUGGCACAGGACAGCUACCCUUUAGGACUGUCAGGAGCCCAGGUGGCUCGGCCAACAAGCAGUGAGAUUGACCGGUUUAGCCCCUCCGGCAGUGUCGUCCCCUUGGCGGAGAGACACAGAGCCCGAAGUGAGUCUCCCGGGAGGACGGACGAGCCCAAGCAGCCCAGCUCCCAGGUGGAAGAGUCAGCCAUGAUGGGAGUAAGCGGCUAUGUGGAGUAUCUCCGAGAGCAGGAAGUAUCUGAGCGGUGGUUCCGGUACAACCCCCGUCUCACCUGCAUCUACUGCGCCAAAUCAUUCAACCAGAAGGGGAGCCUGGACCGGCACAUGCGCCUGCACAUGGGGAUCACACCGUUCGUCUGUCGCAUGUGUGGCAAGAAGUACACCCGCAAAGAUCAGCUGGAGUAUCACAUCCGCAAGCACACAGGCAACAAGCCCUUUCACUGUCACGUUUGUGGCAAGAGCUUCCCCUUCCAGGCCAUCUUGAAUCAGCACUUUCGCAAAAACCACCCCGGCUGUAUACCGCUGGAGGGGCCCCACAGCAUCUCCCCGGAGACGACUGUCACAUCUCGAGGACAAGCUGAGGAAGAGUCACCUUCCCAAGAAGAGACGGUUGCCCCCGGGGAAGCGGCCCAGGGCUCCGUGUCCACCACUGGGCCAGAUUGAAACGUCGAGGGGGAGGGGGCAGACCCUCUUCCCCUCUGGGCCGUAAGCAGCCAGCAUCAGAGCCGUGGGCUGGUACUUCGAUUCACAAAAUGCCACGUCACUAGGUCGGAAGAUGCUCCCAAGAUGUUGCCAAACUAGAGGAUCAGCAACAUACACAAAAGCACUAGAGGCUUUUCCCUCCUCCUUCCCACCCCACACUUUGGAAAAUAAUCAAGCAAAUCAACUUUCUAAUUCAGGGAUCAACAGCCUUGGUUUGUUAACUUUAUAAAAGAGAAAAGUUUUAACCAUGAUAAAUGGUCAUUUAUCUACCAGUCACGUUUGAACACUGUACUUUCGGUCCAUGUCAUCCUGGCUGUCACUUGCCCAGAUCUCAAAAACACAGCAGGAGCCUUGGUCAUCGGAACCAGCCAACCACAGGAAAGAAGGAAGUUACCACAGUGGUGGUGAUGAGGGACUUUUCUCCCUUCCCGCUGGAACAUGCAGUUUCACGUGUCAAGGGGGAAAAACAGUAUCCUGGUGCUUCUUACUGUUUUGCAAGGUUAGACCUUAUCUUCGCCCUGACCGGGCACCCGGGAGGUGCUGGCUUGUUGCCUGAAACAGCCAUCCCGGGGCGGCGUUCUGGGGCAGCGUCCCCUGAAGCACUUUAGGCAGCUGGAAGGGA